UUGUUUUUUCUUCCAUCAUAUUGUAUUAUUAGUAGGACAAAAAGAUGUUAUAUUUAUACUGGAAAACAAUUUAAAGAUCCAUAUUUUAAUUUAAACAGAUUUUGUACACAUAGUAAUAAAGCUAGAUCUCAAUUUAUAAUAGGAGGAGAUUUGGAAGAUCCACCUCCUAUAGUUAGCGAAAUACAGACCGACGAAUCCAAAAGGUUUGUAGAUGACUGUUUGAAAAAGGAAUUGUCUAUAAACGAAGCUAUAAACCUUUUAAAUGACGUUCCUGAUAAGGAUGAUGAUUUAAUUUUGGAUAACCUUUUGAAUGAAAACAGGGAUACACAGUUAAACCUUAACACUGAAAUCACAGACGAAAAUAAAAACCACCUAAAUUUAAAGGAUAUAGAGUCACCUCCAGAAGAAGAUAACAUUCCCGAGGUUGAUAUUGGACUAUUAAGCAAUUCAGAAAUGUCUAUAAUUUACGAAAUUAUGAAGGAAAAGGUCAAAAAACAGGGAAGCGAUUAUAAAUCAGCUGUUUUAAAGAUAGUUGAGGACGAUCCUGUCAAAUACAAUAAAGAAGAGAUUAUGAAACAGUUUGACCAACUGGAUGAGUUUGCACAGCUGUUUUUGGAACUAAAUAAUAAUGUCAAUAGAGACCCUUUGGAUUUGCAGUGGGUCACAAACAUUGAAUCGAAAGUAUACAGAUUUUUAAAGGAAAAGAAUUACACACUAUCAACUUGUACCUGGACAGAGGACUCCUUGAAUAUAACUUUAAAGGAACGGAAUCUCCCUGAAAAGGAAAUCUCAGAUAUUCACGAUCUUCUACAUUCUUUUAUUGAGAACAUCGCACGCAGGGAAUCAUUCAGAGGAUUGACCAACAUAGGAUUAAUGGUAUCAGGAAGUGAUCCUUAG